CAGAACUUCAUCCAGAACACACUUGAGAAUUGUCUAUAAAAAGGCCAACAGAAUUGCUGGGGUGGGAAGUCGCUCCACUCCGGUCUUCACAAACACAGCUCCGCCACACACUCGCCCGGAUACCAUGUCUCUUCGAUUUUCCAGCGGAUCCAGGAGGGCCUGUCCUCGCCCCACCACAGCAUCCGGAUCGCUCAGGCUCUCCGGUGGGGGAGCCAGCUUUGGGGCUGGAAAUGCUUGCAGCAUGCCUGGAAUCGGAAGCAGUUUCUCAUGUGCCUUUGGUGGCAGCACCUCAGGAGGCAAUGGAGUCGGGGGCAAUCCCUGCGCCGGCUUCACUCUGAAUGAGGGGGGCCUCCUUUCCGGCAACGAGAAGGUGACCAUGCAGAACCUCAAUGACCGCCUGGCCUCCUACCUGGACAACGUGCGCGCCCUGGAGGAGGCCAACGCCGACCUGGAGCAGAAGAUCAAGGGCUGGUAUGAGAAAUUUGGACCCGGUUCUUGCCGCGGUCUUGAUCACGACUACAGUAGAUACUUCCCGAUAAUUGAUGAUCUCAAAAAUCAGAUCAUUGCUUCCACCACCAGCAAUGCUAACGCUGUUCUACAGAUCGAUAAUGCCAGGCUGACCGCUGAUGACUUCAGACUCAAGUAUGAGAAUGAGCUGGCUCUGCACCAGAGCGUAGAAAGUGAUGUCAAUGGGCUACGCAGGGUUCUGGAUGAGAUCACCCUGUGCAGAACAGACCUGGAGAUUCAGUACGAAACCCUAAGUGAAGAGCUGACGUACCUCAAGAAGAACCAUAAAGAGGAAAUGCAAGUUCUGCAGUGCGCGGCCGGAGGCAACGUGAACGUGGAGAUGAACGCGGCGCCCGGUGUGGACCUCACAGUUCUGCUGAACAACAUGCGGGCGGAGUACGAAGCCCUGGCCGAGCAGAACCGCAGGGAUACAGAGGCCUGGUUCAAUGAAAAGAGCGCUUCGCUGCAACAGCAGAUCUCUGAGGACGCGGGCGCCACCACCUCGGCCCGGAACGAGUUGACUGAGAUGAAGCGCAACCUCCAAACCCUGGAAAUUGAACUUCAGUCUCUCCUAGCCACGAAACACUCCCUGGAGUGCUCCUUGAGCGAGACGGAGGGCAACUACUGUGCGCAGCUGGCCCAGAUCCAGGCUCAGAUCGGGGCCCUGGAGGAGCAGCUGCACCAGGUCAGGACUGAGACCGAGGGCCAGAAACUGGAGUACGAGCAGCUCCUGGACAUCAAGGUCCACCUGGAAAAAGAAAUUGAGACCUACUGCCUCCUCAUCGGUGGAGAGGAAGGGGCUUGCAAGUCUGGAGGUUACAAGUCUAAAGAUUACGGAUCCGGAAACAUGGGAGCCCAACUCAAAGAUCCAAUCAAAGCCAUAGUGGUCAAGAAAGUUCUUGAGGAGGUAGACCAACGCAGCAAAAUACUUACCACCAGGCUCCACUCUCUGGAAGAGAAAUCUCAAAGCAAUUAAAUUGAUACAUAAGAAAGAGCGUAUGCCACAUACUCUCGGAGAAGAGAAGGCGUCAUAUAUCUGUCUGGAAAAAUGAGCAAGUCUAAGGAAAAAAUCUGUCUUGGUGUCUUUCUAUUACUGAAAUAUAAUCUCUAUCUGGGCAAUCAAUAGUAUAUUUUCCCGUUCAUCUGGAAGAACAGUCACAUACAAAUAUGAUGACUCAUUUGAUUACCUUCCAGAAAGUGUUGUCAAUUCUUUGUAGUCAAUAAACCUUCUUUCUUUAGCAAGUUA